AAGACAAGCACUCUGAACCUGAAGCAGAGCGUUYCACGGCCUGGUCACCGAGGGAGUCAGAUGUGGAGAGGCCUCAAGCAGCAGCCCGGGGCCGGCCCGGGUGUCCCCCCAGUGUUCGGCAGCAGGGGCCGGGGGUGACCGUGCCACAGCUCCUCCCGAGGAGCAGCGGAUGCUCCGCCGGGCCCGGCUAUCCCCUCCCCGCGCCCCGGGCAGUGCCUGCGCCCCAAACGCUCCGUGAGGGCCGCCCCGGCGCCAGCGCGAUCGUCCCGGGCGGGCUCCGCCACACCCCGCCCGCCGCUCCGCGGGUUCCCCUGCCCGGGCCGCCGCAGCGGGAUGGCGCCGGGGCUGCUGGACCUGGUGCACUUGACAACCUGGGCCGUGUGUGCCGUGAUCAAGCUGCCGCAGGUGGUGGCGGUGCUGAAGGCCGGCUCGGCGUGGGGACUCAGCGUGACCAGCCUCCUCCUGGAGCUGGCCGGCUUCCUUGUGUUUCUGAGGUACCAGAUCUAUUAUAAUUACCCUCUGGAGACAUACCUGGAAUAUCCCAUCAUCAUUGCACAAGAUGCCAUUCUCCUUUUCUGUAUUAUGCAUUUCAAUGGAAAAAUGAAACGWGCUUUGUUCUAUGCACUCGUAUUUUGUGGGAGCUGGUACAUGCUAACACUGCAGAAGUGGAUAAUAGACCUGGCCAUGAAUCUCUGCACAUUCAUCAGUGGAGCCAGUAAGCUGGUUCAGCUGCAUCAUCUCUGGCAGACCAAAGAUGCCGGACAAACAAGCGCCCUGACCUGGGGCCUGUCUGCAUACACCUGUGCAGCAAGAAUUAUUACAACUGUAAUGACUACGAAUGAUGUUGCAGUUCUCAUCCGUUUCAUAAUCAUGCUCAUCCUCAAUCUUUGGGUCACAGCCGCAGUCCUGCACUACAGGAAGACUAAAAAGACUAAUUAAAAGACACUCAUCAGCACAUACAUCAUUACCAUGAAUUAAGCUUAAAGAAUUUAAGAAUUCCUCAGAGAUUGAGGAAGCUCUCUAAUAUUUACUUUUAGCAUACUUACAGUAUGUACAGUACUUAUAGACAUGCAGUAUAGUACAUUAAUGUCUAUGUCCUYGUAGAAAUAAUUCCGAUAAGAUAUUAAUUUAAGCAGCAUAUUUUUAUUGGUCAUUUCAGACAAGUUUCACUGAUACCACAUUUUCUCUGGAUUUUUUUUACUACAAGGUAUUUCAUAAUUAGAUGUUUAUAUAUUCUGGUAUUACUUCAGUAUUUCUGGUUACAUAUAAGCAAUUUUCUUCAAUUACACAUGAUCAAUUUUGCACCAACAUACCGACUCAUUUUUCUGCUCCAAGAUGGAAAAACCACAUAAGAAGACCAACAUAAGAAGUUGGUCUUCUUGCAAGUAGCUCAGUUAGUUCAACAUUAAGUAUGUAUGUAYUUUAGGAUGAAGAAAAUCUGAGUGAAGACCCAAUCCAGAAUAAGAUUCUAAAUGUCUUAUACUAAGUCACAAAUCCAGUUGGGAUUGUAGCACUUACAUGCAACAUUUAAAUAGUACAAUUUAUACAGCUGAUACAGGAUACCCAUAGUCACUUUCUUCAGUAUACCCAGUUUUUAUUGGAUAAGAGCAAAAACUCAACUAUGAAWUCUUCUUUUUCAACCUGAGCUCUCAUUCACUGAACAUACUGUUUUGGGAACAGCAGGGACUAGAAUGCAUGGGAAUUAAUGAAACUGUGACCAACAGUUAAAAGUGUUGUUCAGGCAGAAGUUUCUGGAAUGAUAUGCAGAAUUCCCAGACACCAUCCAUACUGACAGUGACAUGUGCACCUUGAUGCAUCUCAGCAGACUCGUCUCCCAUGGUUGUCAGGUUUUGGUGAUACUGCUCUGUGGUUCAUUAAUUUUUAGUCUGCCAGUGCUAAGUAUUGAAGAACAUAGACUUCACUUAUAUUUUUACUUCAGAAAUUCUAAUAAAUUUGUAGUACUUGUAGUAAAAGGAGGAAAGGAGMUUCUUGACAACUAUUGACAGGGGAUUUUGGUUUUGGAAGUACUGCCURCACAACCAAGUUACAUUAGUAAUCAUAUAGCUUGCCUUAAUUUCUCAUUACAUUCUCCAAAAUUAAAAGAUACAACAUUUCAAAAGAGUUCUUACASUAUUCUGUUGAUUGGCAAGUAAAAACCAAGGCACCCUUGAUCCCAACACCCUUGAAAACGAUGGGAAGACUGCAUUGACUAUACUUGAGGCAGGUUUUCUUUGCAACAUUAAAUUGUGUGACUGCUGUGAAGCAAAGGGAUCUGCAAAAGCAGAUAUUUCUGCCAGUGAACACUCCACAAUUGGAGCAAGGCCUUCACCAGAAAACAGCUGCUUCGUACACUCUGCAUUGUAGUGGGAAKGGCUGGGAAGAGACGUCUGUGGGCAUUGAUUUUAUGUAUCCCACAUUAUCAAAGAUGAGCAUUUUUUACURCUCCAAUAAAAUGUAAAAAUCUGUUCGUUGAAAGAGUAACUGUAAACAUUCUGAUUUURCUAAAGCUAUGUAAAGUAUCUGAAGUGGUUUAAAUGGUAGCAGGUGGCRUGUGAUACAUUUUCCAGGUGAUUUUAAUAAAUGCUAUUCUUCAAGA